AUGUAUGCUCUAGAAGAUGCUGACAGUAUUCCUCUUCCAUUACUAGGUGUUCGAACUGUUUCUAGCUGUUUUGUUGUUCCAAUGGCAACAGGAAUGAGCCUGACUCUCUGCUUCCUUGCACUGCGCCACAGGAGGCCCAAAGCAAAGUUUAUCAUAUGGCCAAGAAUUGAUCAAAAAUCAUGCUUCAAGUCCAUGAUCACUGCCGGUUUUGAACCUGUGGUGAUUGAGAAUCUGCUUGAGGGCGAUGAAUUGCGCACAGAUCUGCAGACUGUUGAGAGCAAGAUCCAACAGCUUGGAGCAAAAAAUAUCCUUUGUGUUCAUUCCACCACCUCCUGUUUUGCCCCAAGGGCUCCUGACAGACUAGAAGAACUGGCUCAGAUUUGUGCAAAAUAUGAUAUCCCUCACAUAGUCAAUAAUGCUUAUGGAGUUCAGUUGUCCAAGUGUAUGCACCUUAUUCAACAGGGGGCACGAAUUGGCCGCAUAGAUGCUUUUGUGCAGAGCUCGGACAAAAACUUCCUGGUUCCAGUAGGUGGUGCUAUAGUAGCGGGUUUUGAUGAUGUUUUCAUAAAUGAAAUCAGCAAAAUGUACCCAGGACGAGCAUCGGCAUCACCCUCAACUGAUGUUCUCAUUACGCUGCUAUCACUUGGCGUGAAUGGAUAUAAGCAUCUCUUAAAAGAAAGAAAGGAAAUGUUCACUUACCUUUCUACUGAAUUAAAGAAGUUGGCUGAAGCUCAUGGUGAAAGGCUUCUGGAGACUUCACACAACCCUAUAUCUUUAGCAAUGUCCUUGAAAAGAUUCCAUGAACACAAUGAUAAGGCUGUCACACAGCUUGGAUCUAUGCUUUUCACCAGACUAGUAUCUGGAGCCAGAGUUGUUCCUGUUGGCUCAGAACAAAUUAUAAAUGGCUACACUUUCCAAGGAUUUAUGUCACACAUUAAUCGUUAUCCAUGCCCUUAUUUGAACGCUGCUUCAGCAAUUGGAAUGAAAAGACAAGAUGUGGAUCUUUUUAUUAAGAAACUGGACAAAUGCCUCAAGACCCUAUUGAAAGAGAAAGGCAUUUCAGGAGCUGAAGAGGACAUUGAAAAAGAAACGUCAGCAAAUAUUGAAGACGAUGAUACAGCAGAAUUGAUAGAAAAUGUUCAAAUUGGUCUAAAAAUUCCAACAGAUAUGGUAGAUCAUCCUGUUUGAUACCCCUUUAAUUGGCCAAGUGCUCCAACUCAAUCCAGGGGUGAAUUUGCAGAAGUGCCUGACACAAAAAUAAAACAAAAAAACUUACAUUAUUCUCACUUCUUAAAUUUUUGUUUUCUUCUUCUUUGGCAUGAAUAAUUGUUGAUCGGCUUAACAGGGAAUUACGUUAUGAUUAGGAGUAAUUUCUGAGGAGUGACAAAACUGUUUUCUGAGUGAUAAAAUCAAUAAAAUGACCAUUGGGGUAUGAGAGAUAAA